ACGUCGACAGUUGUUGGGUUGCUAUAGCUAAUGUUAGCUGGCUAACACUAGCAGCUGCCUGGCUCUGUAACAGUAGCUUCUAGUUGGGAACACUUACAGGAGAGAAAUGGGUGAGGCAAUUGCAAAUGUGGCCCGAAGGAUUAAUGCAACUGUAGAAGAGGAGAAGGAUAGUCUGGACCUGUCAAACUGCAAGCUCAUUUCUUUCCCAGAUGGUGUGUUCAAGGUCCUUAGGAGUGUAUCAGGAAAUAUCCAUGUAAUCACGCUGGCUGACAAUGAGAUGAAGGCCAUUUCCAGCAAGUUCUUUUCAACCUUCACUCAGCUGAGAGAACUGGACCUGCAAGGCAAUGUUCUCACCAAACUGCCUGACACCGUGGGAGAAAUGAAGCAUUUGACCAGCAUCAAUCUGGCUAAUAAUAGCUUCUCCAUCUUCCCUGAGAAGCUUAUUGAAAUAGCCACACUGGAGAGGAUUAACCUGGAAGGAAAUAAAAUUACUGAAAUUCCAGUGCAGAAGUUGUCUGCCAUGCCGGCACUGAAGUGGCUCAAUGUGAAGUCAAACCCUCUGGACUCAAACACUCAAUCUGCUCUGCAAUCACCCCACAAAUUUGACAUUCUAACUACAACAGAGUCCUAAAAGAGGUUAUAAACAAUAAUAUAUCACCUAUAAACGGCAUGCUGUGUGCCUUUAUCUAGUACUGCUGAAUACUUUCAUAUGCCUGAAUGCUGAAACAUGAGAAAAUGUAGUACUUGAAAAUAUUUAAAAAAAACUACCACAGGAAACAAAAAAACAGAGGUGUGUAAAGAUGGCAUCGUUGAGUGUAUCAGUCUUACUGGAAACCAAACACUGAGGAAACUAUAGAACUACAAAGAUCAGUCUUUAUACACCAUUUGCCUGUUUUUGUCUCAAUUCAGAUAUUAGCAAUGAUUUAUUUUGAAAAUGUUGUGCUUUUUUUCUCAAAUGAAGAUCAUAUACUGUAAACUGCUGUCUUAUUUCAUAUCUGACUGGGUAUCAAAUUAAUUUCUGGGACAGUCUUAAGAUUUUAUACUGUUCUUUUUAAUUAAUGUAAUUUUUAUCUAAUUUCCCUUUGGGAUUAUUAAUUAUUCAGAUCAUUAUUUUCUAAAUUAACCAAUUAUUUUUUAAUUAA